GCGCAACUAGCCAGUUUGUUAUUCAAUGUAAACUAUGUUGACUGCUGUGGGACAUCUGGCAAUAACAGACUCUUCGUGACCCCCCGACCCCUUUUGCUAGGGUGUGUGUGGCCAUGGCAACCAGUCCGGCUGUGGGGGAAAGCCAGCUCCAGAGGAUUAUCCGAGAUCUGCACGAUGCUGUGGCUGAGCUUGCUAAAGAGUACAAAGAGACAGGAGAACCCAUCACAGAUGACAGCGCAAACCUACACAAGUUCUCCUACAAACUAGAAUACCUGCUCCAGUUUGACCAGAAGGAGAAGACUACCCUGUUGGGCAAUAGGAAAGACUACUGGGACUACUUUAGUGACUGCUUAGCCAAGGUGAAAGGAGCCAACGAUGGGAUACGCUUUGUCAAGUCCAUCCCAGAGUUGAAAACAUCUCUGGGGAAGGGUCGUGCUUUCCUGCGCUACUCUCUGGUGCACCAGCGGUUAGCUGACACACUACAGCAGUGCCUCAUGAACCAGAGGGUCACCAGUGACUGGUACUACUCCCGCAGUCCCUUCCUGAAGGCCCACAUGAGUGUUGACAUCAUCAAUCAUUUGUACGAGCUGAACGAUGUGCAAUUCGAUGUGGCGUCUCGGGGUCAUGACCUUGAUUCAGCCUGGCCCACUUUUGCCAGGAGGACUCUGGGUAUGACCAACUCCCCUAGUCACAUGUGGAAACCACCCAGUCGCAGCUCCAGCAUCAACAGUCUGGCAAGCUCCUAUUCACAGGCCCAUGAGUUCCUGGGCAGUCCUGACCUGGACCGCAGCGGCUUGGGUCUCGGCCUCCCCGGCGACGUGUCCGGCCUGGCGGACGACUCGUCGUCGAUGCUGGGCGCGGUGGACGAGCUGCGCCUGGAGCUGGACCAGUCGGAGCUGCGCGAGAAGGAGCUGCUGGGCCGCGUGGGCGAGCUGGGCGGCGAGGCCUCGGAGCUGCGCGGCGUGGUCGUGGAGCUCCAGCGGCAGCUGGACGCCUCGCUGGACGGCCAGACGCUGCAGGCGGAGCGGGAGCGGGCGCUCGCCGGCCAGGCGGAGUCCCUGGGCGCGGCGCUGGCCGCCAGGCAGGAGCAGCUGGAGGCGUCCGAGAGACGCGGGCGCGAGCUGGUGGAGCAGCUGGACGCCGCGCUGCAGGACAAGGGCGAGCGGGCGGCCGGGCACCUGGACUCGGCCCAGAAGAUCCACCGGCUGCUGGACGAGCUCAAGGAGGAGCAGCGGGCGCGCGCCCAAGCCCUCGAGGACGCCGCCGACGGCCAGCGGAGGGCCGAGCGGCUCGGCCGGGAGCUGGACGCCGGCCGCGAGGCGCUGAGCGCGGCGGAGGCGAGGGGAGAGGAGGCGCGGGAGGAGAGCGCGCGGCUGAAGGAGGAGGCGGCGGAGCUGCGGGAGCGGCUGGAGGCCGGCGCCAGGGAGCAGGGGCGGCGCGCCGAGGACUACCGCGCCCAGUGCGCCAGCCUCAUGGGGCUCAACGAGGGCCUGCUGGAGACGGUGCGGCGCUCGGAGGAGAGCCAGAGGGACCUGGCCGAGACGCGUGCCGCCCUGGAGGCCGAGGCCACGGCCCUGCGCGCCAAGAUGGCCGCCGCCGACGCCGCCGCCGAGGAGAGAGAGAGGCGUCUGAGAGAGGAGGCCCACGCGCUGGAGGAACGGCUACAGAGGGUGACCGCGCAGGCAGAGGCAUCAGAGGGUCGCGUGCGUCGCCUGGAGGAGGAGAACGCGGCGCUGCAGGCAGGCAGCGAGGAGGCGCAGCGGCGGUGCCUGGAGGAGGCGCAGCGGGCGCGGCGGGAGGCGCAGGCCCACGCGGGGCUGCUGGAGCAGCAGCUGGGCGCGCGCGGCGAGGAGCUGGGCCGCCUGCAGGGGGAGCUGAGGAGCGCGGCGCGCGACGCCGAGGAGGCCCGGGCGCGCCUGCAGGCGUCCGAGGAGGCCAAGCGGGAGCUGAGCGCGCGCGCCGACAAGCUCACCGAGGAGGCCGAGCGGCUGAACCGCGCCCACGUGGCCGAGCUCCAGGAGCGCGGGCAGCGCGAGGAGGCGCUGGGCCGCGGGCUGGAGGAGGCGCGCGGGGAGGCGCGGGAGCUCAAGGCCCAGCUGGAGCGCCUGGCAGUAGAGCGGGAGGAGGCGCGCGAGAGCCUGCACCGCGCCAACACCGAGACGGCCGAGCUGGGCAUCACCCUGUGCCGGCUGACCGCCGAGCGCGAGGAGGCCUGCCAGCGCAGGGAGGAGGCCCAGCAGGAGGCGCGCAGGGAGGCCGAGGCCCUCAACGCCAGCCUGGCCGCCCUGCGGCAGGAGAAGGACGGCCUGCGACAGGAGCUGCAGCAGGCCGAGAAGCUUCCGGAAGCGCUGCUGGAGGUGCAGGAGAAGCUGCAGAAGGCCGAGGCUCAGGCUCUGACGCAGCAGGACACCGGGCGCGAGGAGAUGCAGGCGCUCAAGUUCCAGAUGAGCUCCGAGAUUAUGAGCCAGCAGAGCCUGAUCCAGAGUCUGAAAGACGAGCUGGAGGGGGUGAAGACUCAGAUGAAGACGGAGGAGAAGAGAGCAUCCGGCCUGGCAGAAAGAGUCUCAGAGCUGGAGGGAGCUAAUGAGGAGUAUUCUCGGCUGAUCGAGGAGAAGAAUGCUCACAUCACCAAGGCUGAGAGGGAGAUGCGUGAAACCGAGACAGACACUCUGAAGCUUCGAGAGAAACUGGACAGUACGGAGCAGGCCCUGGCGGCGGUGCAGGGGGUGCGUGGGGAGCUGAAGGAGCAGCUGGAGCAGGUUCAGGCCGAGGCCCAGAGCCAGAGCCUCAGCAUGGACGCCCAGAUCCAGGAGCUCACCCUGACCAAGAACCACCUGGAGGAGCGCCUCAUAGAGCUCAUCAAGGAUAAGGACGCUCUGUGGCAGAAGUCGGACGCUCUGGAGUUUGAGCAGAAGAUCCGGGCCGAGGAGCAGUGGUGGCUGGUGGAUAAGGAGGCCAAGGACUGCCUGGACUGCAAGGGCCAGUUCACCUGGUACCUGCGCCGCCACCACUGCAGGUUGUGCGGCCGCAUCUUCUGCUACUACUGCUGCAAUAACUUUGUGAUCACCAAGCACAGCAGCAAGAAGGAGCGCUGCUGCCGCGAGUGCUACACGCAGAACAGCGCCGUGGUGGAGAGGUUCACGCCCGCCGAGCUCCACACGCACCCCGCGCAACCGCACGACCAGCCAGCACCGCCCUACAAACCCACACCCAGGGUGACCGUGACGGAUCCGGCUGCCAAACAGGAUGAUGCAGUAUAUGACAUCAUCACCGAGGAGGAAGUGAACGGCAUCUAUGAUGGCGAUUCGCUCUCACACACUACAGCUGGCUCCCUGGAUGGAGAGAGCGAGGGCAGUGCUCCAACUGACCUGGGUGCUGAGGACAGGAGGACUGGGGAUACCACGCCCGAAGAGCAAGACGAGGCUGUGGCCACUGUGCAGGAUGCCGAGAUCAACCUGCUCAAGUCGGGGGAGUUAAGUGAGUCGGUGGGGCUGAGCCUGGAGGAGGUGUGUGAUUUCGGGGACGGCUCGCGCGAGCUCCUCAUCAAGGCCAGCAGCUACAGCCUGGUGCCAAUCAGCGUUGCCAGGGGCGACCGCGGACCCACCAUCAGCUGGGUCUUCUCCUCCGAGCCCAAGAGCAUCUCCUUCAGUGUGGUCUUCCGGGAGGACGAGCACACACCCCUGGAACAGUCAAAGGUUCUGAUUGCUCUGACUCGCUGUAACUCACACAAAGAGACCAUCCAGGGACAGUUGAAGGUCCGGAACCCUGGGAUCUACACACUGGUCUUUGACAACUCAUUUUCAAGGUUCAUCUCAAAGAAGGUGUUGUACCAGCUGACAGUGGAGAAGCCCGUCAUCUACGAUGGUAGUGACUGCCCACAGUGAUGGGCUCCACCUUGAGAAGGCGACGGUUGCUGCCGACUGGGCAGACUGGCUUGUCAGGUCUUCCUCCUAGUGCCCAAAGCCUGGAUUAUACUACACCCCUUGUAACACUUGUAGCGAAGGCCGCAUAUGUUUUGUCUAUCAUAUCUCUGGGUUUUCCCUAUUGAGGUAUGACUGACUGAGCAAGUUAUUAUUGUCCCAAGUGUUACAUGGUUUAUUAUACAUUACUGUCCCUGGGGUGAUAAGGUCCAGUUGACAUUUUUUAUAUAAAAAAAACAGCUAUGUCAAUCAUAACAGUUUAGGGACUCAGGGAGGGAUCAAUAAUAGGGACUCAGGGAGGGCAUGGGUGGAUCUUAAGUUCAUUUUUAUUCAUUUUAAUUACUUUUAACCAACUUUUGUCGGCUUGUGCCAAGUGUGUGUGUGUGUGUGUGUGUGUGUGUGUGUGUGUGUGUGUGUGUGUGUUUGUGUGUGUGUGUUUGUGUGUGUGUGUGUGUGUGUGUGUGUCUGUGUGUGUCUGUGUUUGUGAGUGUGUGUUUAUAAUAUGCAUGUGCUUUUGGUAGUCUGGCAUUGUUUUUUGACACAUUAUUUACUUUGUUCAUUGUGGUCCUGUGACUCGUAGACAAACACUGACAUUGGUCUGUGGGCUGCCACACUCAAACACAACACAUGGCUAUUACAGCUUUCUCAUAAAUGCCAUAUACCAUUCAUCAAUGACAUUUACCGUUCAGCAAUGCUAUUACCGUUCAUUUAAUCAACAAAUGCCAGACUUCUCCUCCACCUAGUUUGUUGCAUAAAUAGUAGGACCAUUUUUUUAUGUUUUAAACAAAAGUAUGUUUAUAUAAACUCCAUGUAUGCAAUUUUUGUUUUUUGCUUUUAGUGAUGAAUGUUAGGGUAGAGUAAAUAUCAAGAGCAAGUAUAGCCAAGUAACAGGAGCAAUAACCCAUUUCCAGACCUUGUCAUUCAGACAAAGCUUACCUCAAACCAGUGACUUUGUAUCAUAGUUAGCUGUCAUAGCUGGGACAGCUUCCAAACCUGGAGUUUUUUUUUCCUUCUAAAACACAAAUAGCUGCCUAUUCAAGAUUAUGGAAUAUGACAUUAUUCAUGGAGUCUUCUCCUUCCAUAUGCUCAUAUACCAAGUGUAUAUUUUAUUUACAUUAUAGUGACGUUUUUUUGUAAACAAUCAUGCAAUAUUCAUGACGAUCCCCAGAGGCUUUCAUAAACACUUUCAUAAAGGCUUUCAGAUCAUCACCUUGCAGCAAAUCAAAUGAAAUCCCCAGGGCGUUUGGAAACAGAUGAGUUUUUCGCAGGAGCGCCUAAACUCAGGGCAGGUGACCACAUCCCUCUGGAGUCAGGCAGGGCGUACGUUUUUUUUUUCGAUUUUAGAUAACACUCCGACCAGUGGCCUCACAGGAGAGGACGCAGCACAGUUCUGUGUAUCCUGACCUGUAGGUGGUCUUAGGGUUCUGCGGUAGAAGACUUCUCGAAGGGCUGAUAGGAUAGAGUGGCUGAUGGGUACGGGUUAACGAGGGAGAUCUUGUAACCAGUGUAGUUAAUGGUGACUGCUCUGUGGCUUUGAUUGAGGUCCUUGAUAGUAACUGUUCUGUGUGCAGUGUCCCUGUGGGUGAUCGUAUUCAGGUUCAGCGAGUUAUCAUUAGUAUUCUGUGCGUGGUGUUCAGGUCUCUCCAUGUUGAAAUUCAUUGAGAUGUGCACCAUAGUCCAAGGGUUGACUUAUUCACUUCGGCCAGACCAUCUCUUCAGAAACCCCCAAAAGGAAAAAAGAUUUUUCCAUAGGGCAUUUGGUGCAGACACCGGCUAUUGUGUGCUCAUGGAAUACUUUUAAAGUACCUCUGCUUUAAAAGACAUGAAGAGACGGACCUGGCUCUCUCAUCCUCAAUGGGGUUUUGAGGAUGUGAGGCAACUUCAGAGAUACCAAGUCCUCUGUAAAGCGUCCUCUUCAGAAAAGCACUCAGUGAAAGAGCACAGUGUCAUUAGAAAUGCUCAAUGCCUGGCCACAGCUCUAUGCAGGAACUGAGUGACAGUUCCAGUUAUGGUUCCAGUUCAACAGUUCAACAGUUCAGCUGUGUUUCCAGUUUGUUCUGCAUUAGUCCCUUAAUGUUUAGUGCUCAAAACGAAGCAAUAGUUUUAUCGUUUUACCAUGAUCAUGAGUGGCCAAUGGAAUUAAGGCUAUGCACACCUACACAUUAUACCAUUUGUUAAACAAAUCUAAUUGCGCCAUCCAUAUUAUGAAAUUGUGUCACUCAAAUUGUUAUAUAAAAUCAAGUCAAGGGCUAUAUGCAAUCAGUCAUUGCUAUUUUAAUAUUCAGGGGGAAUGUCAUAAUCUUUGUAUCACUAAUAAAUGCUCUGAGAGCCACAAUCAGUUAAGUGGGUACUGCUUAUAUUGAGAUACAGUUUUAUAAUUACAUAUAAACAUUUUGUAUCUCUUAAAUCUUUUUUGUAAUUGAUAGAAAAAAGAAUGAGGAAAUAAGAACACUAUAUAUUUUCAGCACAGUUUUGCACUUUUGACAAGAAACAAAUUUCUUUUUUAAAAGGCGAUGAAUGGUUUUAUAAGAAGCGCUCACAACUUUUUGAGUUGAUUGAAGAAUCUUUUGAAAGUGUAUUCGGUAGUCCUUAACCUCUAAAUGAGAAAUAGCCAUGUGCCUGGAAUAUGCACCAGUCUGUUCAUUCAUCUAAUGUGUCUCAGACCCUCUGAGGGAACCAAAGCCUCCAGACACGAGAUUAUACAGUAUGUGAACCUCAGGUCCUUUUCUUUUUCUAGAGGUAAUUAAUGACUCCGGACCACACUUCGGCAAGAAAAAAGAGUGAAGCCAUGAAUCUUCAAUGAUCUAGAACGAGAAACAGGUUCCGCUGUGCUGUGAGCAUCACUGUUGAAUGGUUACUGAUCACGUGGUGCAUGUAUUUUGUUUUGAGUCAGGUCAAUAAAUUCUGUAAAGACA